UUUAUAUUUCAUUAAUAAAGUAACGUUCAUUAUAACUUUAUUUCGUGUUGUCAUUGUUAAUUAGAUGCAGUAUUCUAUAACGCGAAGAUCUAUGAAGAUUGGAACACCUGUGUGGGAGUAAUAUCCACAAUUACACGAGGGAUCCAUAGUGAGUCCACAGUGAUAUAUAUAUAUCUGCAAUUAAAGUACUACAGGCAUAUUUUAAUCUGCCUAAGAUGGCUGAAUCUGAAAGAAGAAAGACUAUCAUUCUGAAUGAACAGCUUGACCAUGAGCUGACCUGCACAGUUUGUGUGGAGUAUUUCAAGGACCCUGUCAUUCUUCCAUGUAGUCACAGCUUCUGCAUAACAUGUAUUAAAGGUAUUAUUCGUCACAGUGGUCAGCAAGUGCAAAGUUUUGACUGCCCUUUAUGUAGACAGAAGAUUCAUUUGAAAACGCCCAAUAUUACUGAUGACUUUCCAAAAAACCUUGCCUUGGAGAAUCUAGUGAAGCUGCAUACAGAGACCAGUAGCAGUUUCCCAGAUGAACUGUUUGAAAGUGUCCUACCUGAGCUGCAGUUUGACAAGAACUGUUAUAAACACAAUGAACCUCUCUGUCUGUUCUGCAGCACAUGCUCAAAUAUGGUGUGCUCAAAAUGUCUUGAAGUGGGACCUUGCUCAAAGCACCUGCCCAGACCACUGCAAGAUAUAUGCAAGCAACUAUUGGAGCGAUCAAUUGUAAACUUGUUUUAUUUGAAAGAACACCAACAUAAACUGCUGGAGGAAAACUAUAUGCUGGAGACUUACUGUACCGAAAUUGAUAAACAUGAACAACAUUUAAAAGCAACUCUGACCUCUGAGUGUGAAGAACUAAUGGCCCAACUGAAAAAGAAAUAUGACGUACUGAAGGAAAUCCUCCAUCUUGAAUGUGCUGACUUGAAGAAAGAUUGCACGAAAGAAAAACAAAGAUGUAUCUCAUCCCACUUACAGAUUAAAUCAGCAAUAGAAAUAUUUAAAGGGGCUGUCGAAGAGACAAAAGCAAUGCUUGGGCUUCUGCGUCUGGGGUAUUGUGAUGCUAAAAUGACUCAGUUGAGCAAAGCAUUUCAGGGUUCUGAACCUCUGCCAUCUUUGGACCUGCCUAGAUGGCGCACAGACCAUGAGAUUCCUGAAGCCAUCAGACGAAUAACUCUAAAGAAAGAAACUAAAUCACCUGCCUCUACUCGAGAUCCAGUUUUUUUCUCGACCUGUCCUACUUCUAAUUAUGAAUCCAGGACUCCUUCAACUAUGUUUUUAUCAGCCACUUCUGAAAUUAAAAGUCAAAUCAAAGUACCGGUUAUAUUCCUUGAUCAGGUUAAUGAAAAUCCAACACAGGUUAUUGUAUCUGACCAGCCUCAACAUAACUUCCAGUUUAGUCACCCUGCAUGUUAUGAAGUGAGACCAGAAAGAGUUCAGUGUUUAAAAGAAUAUGAAAACAAAAGUUUUGAGGAACUGCGCCAUGAAGAUUAUCGAAAAGGAAAAGCUGGAUCUGCAUUAGCAUCAAAACCGUGGAGUGCAGACUUUCCUUUACAUCUACCUUCACCUGUGACAGCAAUUCGAGGAUGGAAUCAGAAAAAAACUGUAUUGAGGAGCAAAGGAUCUUGCAGAACAAAAAGCAGAAAAAAGAAAAAAACAAGGACUAAAGGUGCUUUCCGUCUUGACACUGCUGCUGCCAGUACAGAGAAUGCAAAGAGAAGUCCUGCAUUACUGUUCACUGGACUAUUUUCAACAACAUCACCAAGCUCUGUUCUGAGCAGGAUCCCUGCAUUGACUCCUGAAUUGUCUUCAGCUGCAGCCACAGCAGCAGCAUCUACAGCCACGGUAUCAUCUAGUAGACAACAUUUCCUUCGGGCAUCACGUUUGUUAAACCAUUCUGGUCUGUCAACAGCAGUCACACCAUCUUCACUGAACUGUGUCUUUUCCAGUAACAGUUUGUUUGGGUUGAGCACAGGCUCACCAUCUGUAGCAGCUGGAUUGUUUGGCACUAAAACGACAGUGGCAUCAAGUAACAGCAAAGUAACAUUUCCAAAUACAGAAUCAAGCCUUGGAUGUCUGAGUAAAACUUUCUCACCUGGCUUCUUUGCUGUCCCAUCACAUGGAUGUACAAGAGGUUCAGAGUCAUCUGCAGUUGAUACAGAUACUUUUUUAAGAUCAGCAGUUACAACGACAUUGUCUUUCAAACCCUUCAGUUCUUUCACCACACCAGCAACAACUACAUUGUCUUUCAAACCCUUCAGUUCUUUCACCACACCAGCAACAACUACAUUGUCUUUCAAACCCUUCAGUUCCUUCACCACACCAGCAACAACUACAUUGUCUUUCAAACUCUUCACUUCUUUCACCACACCAGCGAGUACAACGGCCUUACCCUCAACUCUAUCUACAAGCACUGGAAGAAUGAAUAGUGCCACGGCUUGGAAGUCUACAACACCAAGCUUUUUAGCAGACUUUGGAUCAUUAAAGAGUAAAAUGGACACAAAGGAAAUAUCUAUCACAACCACUACUGCAGAAAAAGAAAAAAAUCCAGUGACUGCAUCUACAGUUUCAUCACAAGCGGCUUUGACUACAUUGUCGUUAAAUUUUCGUACUGCAUUCAAUGGAAGGAUGAAUAAUAAUAAAAUUUUGGAGUCCUCCACAUCAAGCUUUUCUGCAGUCUCAUCAAAAAAUCACAAAAGUGAAAAGAAAAACAGUGAAACAUACAAAGCAAACUUACCCACUGUCAGCUCAUUCGGUUUUGGUACUACAGAUACAUCUACAAAUGCAGUGACUACCACUGUAACAACAAGCAAUGGAACAGUGAGUAUUGCUCACGUUUUGGACUUGGAGUCAUCUUCUCUAAGCCGGUUUGUUGCACCCUCACAAGGCAUGUCUGCAAGUGAGAUAAAAACCAAUGAAACGGUUGUAUGGUCUGAGGCGACAAACACAAAUUCAGACUCUGUCACUUCUGGUGGUGAUAACAAAAACAAGAGUGUGGGUUUGGAAUCAUCAACUGCUUAUCUUGCUGUCUUUGGUAAUGAUGUCACAUACCAGAGUUUUGGCUCUCCAGCUACUUCGAUGCUAGGUACUCCUGAAUCUUCUAGAUCUGAUUCUCCACUCGAUGAUUCAACAUUUUCCAGUGGUACUUCGGGAAGCCUCCUUACAUCUGAACCAUCAGCUAUCUCUGUUACAUAUGUAACAGUAUCAGAUAGCAGACCCAUUACCUUUGUACCUUCGGUUGAGGAUCUACAUAUAAGUAAUGGUCCAGUCACACUAUUUGAUUCCACUUCUUCAGACUCUGAUGGAUUAGAUUCGAGUUAAACGUUUUACUGAAUUAAAAAGGCAGUGUGAGUUUUGAAUGAUACUGACUCUAAAAGAAAUGGACGCCUACCAAGUACCAACAAUAAUGUGCAUCUCAUCUAGUUAAUAUUAUAUUAAUAACACAGACUUUAAAAAAAAAACCAAGUCUUGGAUUCAAUAUUAAUGGACAAGAAAAGGACGUGGUGAUAAAAUGUAAAAAUAUUUGUAUGUUUACAUGACUUUUGCUUAAUUUUUUUGUUUAUUAGGACUUUUAUGAAUUUGUGAUAGGUACCUUAGCUAGCAAAAUUUUAAUGGACAAGAAAAGGACUUGGUGAAAGAAUGUAAAAAUGUUUGUAUUUUUACAUGACUGGUUUUUUUUGGACAAUUUUUGUUUAUUUACAGUUAUAUGACCUUGUCUCAAUAAUUGUGAAUAAAAAAUAUUAUUAGUAGUAAACCUUAAGGUAGGGAUGACUUUUACUUGUAGAAUGCAGAAAAUUAUGUUUCAGGACAUCUAGUUUUUCAAAAUUUUAUGGGGGAGCAUACCCACAAACCCCCAAGAAACGUUUUUUUGUGCCCUCAAUCUGUCAAACGAUCUUUAUAAUAUAACAUGCAAAAAAAGAAAGAGACAUUUGUUAUGACUUGUCAUUUAAGUUCUAAUUUAUCUUUAUUAUUGUUAUGAUUAUUAUUAUAUUAUUCAUGUUAUUAUAAUAUGUAUUACAGUAAAACCCCUCAAAAUUGGACCUCAUUAAGCCAGAAUACCCCUUAAAACCAGACUGUUUACUUGAUCUCAUAGGUGUCUGAUUUAAAAAGGUUUCACAGUAUAUGUGAUAACGAUAUUGCUAUUUAAAAUACCUUUUAUAUAUUAAACCACAACAGUAUUUUA